AUGAGCGAUGACUACGCCAACAACUUGUCAGCCCUCCGCUUCGACGAACGCAAAUUUUUGCCUUAUCUGGAGUAUGAAGUGUCCGAGACAGAUAGGCACUUUAUAGAUCAUCGUCCUCCGAUUCAUACAUCCACGGAUCGCUCGGACACGCUGUCCGUAUCAAGCGAGUCAUCGGAGACAGAGGACAUGUCGAACGAAACGUUGGAGCCGCCUACCGCCGACGCCGCCACCGAGAAAGAGGAAGGAGAGUCCAGCGAUAGCGAUAACGACGAAGACUCGGACGAUUCGGGCAGCGGCGUCGAGGCCGAUGACGAAAUGAACGUCGACGAUUAA